AUGGGCGGCAUCAUCAACACAGGCCACGACAGACCAUACCGCUUUUCAUUUUACUCGAAUGCUCUGCCUGCCACAAUACAUGCACGCAGCCUCAGCGAACUUCCUGCAGAAGGGCAGUCUUUCGAAGAUCUCUUCAACGGGAUAUCCGCUCUAGCCGAUCGCGAGGCCGCCAACACAUGGUGGCUCGAUAUCCAGAGCCCUACGGAUGAGGAAAUGAGAGUGCUCAGCAAGGUGUUUUCAAUCCAUCCUUUGACGACUGAAGAUAUUCAAAUGGAGGAAGCGCGCGAGAAGAUCGAACUUUUCCGGAAUUACUAUCUUGUCUGUUUCAGAGGUUUUGACCAGGAUCAGUACAGUCCGACUCACCUGGAACCUUUGAAUAUGUAUAUCAUCGUGUUCCGAGAGGGUACUCUAUCGUUUCAUUUCCGCCCCACCCCUCACCCGCAAAAUGUUCGCCGCCGGAUUAAGCAGCUUAAAGACUAUAUCAGUGUGACUUCCGACUGGAUCUCCUAUGCGCUUAUCGACGACAUCACGGAUGCUUUUGGUCCACUCAUUCAAUCGAUCGAGUAUGAGGUUGACUCCAUAGAUGAGUUGGUACUCAUCCUGAAAGAAGCAGAGCAGAGUGACAUGUUGCGGCGUAUUGGAACCUGCCGAAAAAAAGUCAUGGGAUUGCUGAGACUUAUGGGGAAUAAGGCAGAUGUUGUGAAGGGUCUUGCGAAAAGAUGUAACGAGAACUGGAGAGUGGCACCAACGUCCGACAUAGGGCUUUAUUUAUCUGAUAUCCAAGACCAUCUUAUCACCAUGACACAGAAUUUGAACCACUACGAAAAGAUUCUUUCACGCUCACACUCAAACUAUCUCGCACAGAUUUCUAUAGAGAUGACAGACGCCAACAAUCAAAUCAAUGACGUGCUGUCGAAGAUGACUGCUUUGGGUACAGUAUUGAUUCCUAUGAAUCUCAUAACUGGUCUCUGGGGGAUGAACGUUCACGUGCCAGGGCAAGAUGUCGAUCAAGGAUACGCGUGGUUUGCAUCAAUCGUUGCUGUUUUAGCGACGUUUGCUCUGAUCGGGGGUUAUACUACGUACAAGUUUAUGAUUCGACGGUGA